AUGAUCAUUCCUCGCGACACGGAAGACGAUUCGGUGACGAUUCCUGCGACGCAAAAUGAGCAGAGGCGUAUAAAAUGGCGCCUCGACGCGCCUGAGACUCGGUCGUCAAGCCAGCCUUCCUACAAGCAAAAAUCGUCCUCUAAACAAACCUCGGGCCAAUUUCUACGCGCAGAAUCUUUUCCUACGAGGACGAGGCACCUCGAUUCCGGAUGUGAACCAGUUCCGGAGGAAUUUAGGGUAAUUGACACGGAAUAUGUACCUCGUACACCUACACCACCACCGCCGCCGCCGCUUUCUCCUACCCCAGACUACACUUUGUGGGAAGAGGAAGCAGAAAGUAGCCGCGGACCCUUUCAGAGCUUCCAGUCAUUCGAAUCUGCAUUCAUUUCGGACAUUGGAGAAGUGUCAGAGCGGGGGGAUGUAGAUACGCCCAACCCGGCCGGAAUAGUGUUGGCGGACCUCGAGAUCAAUUUAAAUCAUGCUCAUAAGGCCAAUUCUAUAGUACCUCAACAUGGGUCAGCUUCUACCUCCUUUGCUGAUGAAGGAUACGGAGAUUCGGUACCAAGUUAUAACCCCCUACCAAUAUCUGAAGUAUACUCCCCAGAUCAAGAAAUACAUGGGGACGAGCCUUCUCCAUCAACAGAAAGUUAUUUCUCUGCACCCUCCCCUCUACUUAGGGAUGGCCCUAGAUCUCCAUCCUGCUCAAGCUCCUCCAGUGUCCAAACUUCACAUUAUAGGAGCUCUAUUACCAAAAAUGCGGACUAUCGCGAAGAAGUCAUUGGGGAAAUCAGAGCAUUAUCUAUCAUUAUUUAUUUUCUUCUUCUUCGGGCAUAUAUCCGGGGCUCAGAGUCGACCUCGGCUUCGUCCGCAUCCAGCAGUCAGGAGUCUCGAAACGGAAAUAAUAGCCAAGUGAUAGAGGAUAAUGGUGAUAAAAGCGGAAGGAAUCAAAGACCAGGUUCAACUUCGGAGUCUAUCAGCCAAAGACCCAACAAUGGGUCUCUCAAGCGUAAAAGAGACAAGUCAGAUGACGGUGAGGAUGAGGGGGAUAAACCGAGAAAGAACAAGAGGGUUGAAAACGACAAUGCCCCCCACAGAGGUCCUCUUGACAAGCAACUUGCAUGCCCUAUUGCGAAAGCAAGCCCAAACCCAGGGACCCAUAGGUGCAGAUUAAUCAAUAGACAAAACCUACCCGGAAUAAGGCAAGUCGGCUUAACAUCUAUCAAGGCCCGUUAUAUAGUUAUCGCGCAGUCGUUCUAA